AUGGCCCGCUCCUCCCUUGGGACCCGGCGCCUGGAAGACCCGGACGGCUGUAACCUUGAACCCGCCUGCUGCCUCUACCCGGAGCCCUGGCAGCAGCCCUGUGAAAUCGCCACCCCAGCCCUGGACCUGGAGGCCGAGCCCAGCAUGGAUGUGAUCUUGGUGGGAUCCAGUGAGCUCUCAAGCCCCGUUCCCGCGGCCACAGGCAGAGAGCUUAUUGCAUAUGAAGUCAAGGUGAACCAGCGGAACAUAGAAGAGAUCUGCCUCUGCUGCGGAAGCUUCCAGGUUCACACGCAGCACCCUCUGUUUGAGGGAGGGAUGUGCGCCCCGUGUAAGGACAAGUUCCUGGACGCCCUCUUCCUGUACGACGAUGACGGAUACCAAUCCUACUGCUCCAUCUGCUCCUCCGGGGGCACGCUGCUCAUCUGCGAAAACCCCGAUUGCACCCGAUGCUACUGCUUCGAGUGUGUGGAUAUCCUGGUCGGCCCCGGGACCUCGGGGAAGGUGCACGCCAUGAGCAACUGGGUGUGCUUCCUGUGCCUGCCCUUCUCCCGCAGCGGGCUGCUCCAGCGCCGGAAGAAGUGGCGCAGCCACCUCAAGGCCUUCUACGACCAGGAGUCGAAGAGUCCCGUUGAGAUGUUCGAAACCCUGCCCGUGUGGAGGAGACAGCCGGUGCGGGUGCUGGCCCUUUUUGGGGACAUCAAGAAAGAGCUGACGAGUCUGGGCUUUUUGGGAAGCGGUUCUGACCAGGGGCGACUGAAGCACUUGGAUGAUGUCACAGACGUAGUGAGGAAGGACGUGGAAGAGUGGGGCCCGUUCGACCUCCUGUAUGGUGCCACACCUGCCCCCGGCCACGCCUGUGACCAUCCUCCCGCCUGGUACCUGUUCCAGUUCCACCGGCUCCUGCAGUACGCACGGCCCUCGGGCAGCCUCCGGCCCUUCUUCUGGAUGUUCGUGGAUCAUCUGAUGCUAAACAAAGAGGACCAAGACCUCGUGUGUCGCUUCCUGGAGAUGGAGCAGGCCACCAUCCCGGAUGUCCGCGGCGGAGUCCUGCAGAGUGCUGUCCGAGUGUGGAGCAACAUCCCAGCCAUCAGGAGCAGCAGGCACUCAGCCCUGCCUUCGGAAGAAGAAUUGUCCGGGCUGGCUCAGAACCGACAGAGCUCCAAGCUUCCCGCCCAGCGGCCCACCAAGCUGCUGAAGAACUGCUUUCUCCCCCUAAGAGAAUAUUUCAAGUAUUUUUCAACAGAACUCACUUCCUCUUCAUGAAUGAGUCACUAUACUGUGAAAAGUAAAAAAGACUUCCUAGAACAAACACAGCUCUC